AUGGUGGAGCACUUAGCAGCCUCCUAUAUUGCUCUGAAACUGGAGAAUGAAAUUCUGCAAGCCCAAGUGCAGCGGCUGAUGGAAGAAAAUGCUGCCCUCCAGGCCCAGAUUCCAGCGCUCCAGAAGUCCCAAGCAGCCAAAGAGGAUGAACCACUCCAAAACCCCUCACAGACCCAGGAGCCCCAGAAGCCCCCAGAGCCCCUGGGUCCCCCAGCAGGCUGGGAUCCCCAAGAGCCCCCAGAGGUCAAAGAGGCCCAGAAGCCCCCAGAGCCCCUGGGUCCCCCAGCAGGCUGGGAUUGCCAGGAGCCCCCAGAGGUCAAAGAGGCCCAGAAGCCCCCAGAGCCACUGGGUCCCCCAGCAGCCUGGGAGCCCUCAGAGCUCCCAGAGGUCAAGGAACCCCAGAAGCCCCCAGAGCCCCAGGAUCUCUCAGCCUGGGAGCCUACCGAAGCAGAGGAGCCCCAGGAGGCCCAGAAGCCCCUGGAGCCCCCAUCAAUCCAGGAGCCCCAGAAUUCAGAACCACAGGAUCCCCCAAAAGCUGAGGAGCCCCAGGAGGCACCAGAAUGCCAGGAGACAUCGGCACAGCUGGAACCCCUUGAUCUUCCAGCUCCCCAGGAGCCUCUGGAGCCUUGGGUGCCUCAGGAAUCCCUGGAUCCUUCAGGUACCCAGGAGUUAUUAGAACUCUUAGCACCCCAAGAGUCCCUGGAAGGCCUAAUAGUUGUCAAGACAUCAGCAGCUUCAGAGUUCCCACAGGCCCCCAUUGGAUUAGAGGCUGCAGAUUUCCCCCUAGAAUACCCUCUAGUCUUCGAUGGGGAUGCCCAGAAGCUUUCUGAGUUCCUGAUUCAGCUAAAUAGUUACAUGAGAGUCAGAGGGCACCUGUAUCCCACUGAAGCAGCCCUGGUGAGCUAUGUUGGCAACCGCUUCUCAGAUGAGGCAGGAAGGUGGUUCCAGCCCUUAUUGGAUAUCCAAAGCCCCCUGCUGGAGCAAUUUGAAAGUUUCAUACAAGUCCUCCAGGAUACUUUUGACAAUCCAGAAAACAUGGAUGAUGCCAACCACUGCAUCCGUCAGCUCUGCCAACGGGAGGGCCCUGUCCGCCAGUACGUGACUCACUUCUACCUCAUUGCUCAAGAGCUGACCUGGGAUGAACGCACUCUCUGCAUCCAGUUUCAAGAAGGGCUUCCCAGUUUUAUCCGAGAUGAACUGUCUCACACAAGCCCAGCCAACAAUCUGUCUGAUCUGAUCACUCAGUGCAUCAGCCUAGAAGAGAAGCUAAAUGGUAAGCCUGAUCCCAAGCCAUCAGGGGCAGACCCCUCUGAAGAGAAAGAUGGGCCUGAGAGUCUGCCAGCUGAAAACCAGCCUGUGCGGGCCGCAAGCAACCGUCCUCACAUCAGUCAAGCUGAACGGGCCCGCCGCCGUGAAGGCCACUUGUGCCUCUACUGUGGUCAUCCUGGUCAUUUUGCCAGAGAUUGCCCAGUCAAGCCUCACCGUGCCCAGCAGGCGGGAAACAUCGAGGCCCGGCGGUAAGGGGGA